UUUAUCAAUGGUGUGGUUCCUCAUGUAACAAAUACGAGCGUCUGAAGGCAAGCCAGGUCGCCAUUGCUAUUCGGGACAAUGAAAGGAAAGGCAGAUCUCAAUUAAUUGUGGUGGAAGAAGGAAGUGAACCGUUUGAGCUUAUACAGGUUUUAGGAAAAAAGCCGAAGCUUAGGGAAGAAGAUGAUUAUGACGACACCUUAGCAGACAUAUAUAAUAGGAAGAUGGCUAAACUGUACAUGGUUUCAGAUGCCAGUGGAUACAUGAGAGUGACUGUGGUGGCAGAAGAAAACCCCUUCUCCAUGGCAAUGCUGCUUUCCGAAGAAUGCUUUAUUUUGGACCAUGGUGCUGCAAAACAAAUUUUUGUAUGGAAAGGUAAAAAUGCAAACCCCCAGGAGAGAAAGGCUGCAAUGAAGACAGCUGAACGUUUCCUACACCAAAUGAAUUAUCCCAUUAAUACCCAAAUUCAAGUGCUUCCAGAAGGAGGCGAAACACCAAUCUUUAAACAGUUCUUUAAGGACUGGAGAGAUAAAGAUCAGAGUGAUGGCUAUGGGAAAGUAUAUGUCACAGAGAAAGUGGCUCGAAUAAAACAAAUUCCUUUUGAUGCCUCUAAAUUACAUAGUUCUCCGCAAAUGGCAGCCCAGCACAAUAUGGUGGACUAUGGGUAUGGCAAAGUGCAGAUUUGGCGUGUAGAAAACAAUGGUAGGAUUGAAAUUGACCAAAAUUCAUACGGUGAAUUCUAUGGUGGUGACUGCUACAUUAUACUCUACACUUACCCCAGAGGACAGAUUAUCUAUACGUGGCAAGGAGCAAAUGCCACAAGAGAUGAGCUGACGACAUCUGCAUUCCUGACAGUUCAGUUGGACAGGUCCCUCGGAGGACAGGCUGUGCAGAUCCGAGUCUCCCAGGGCAAAGAGCCUAUGCACCUGCUGAGUUUGUUCAAAGACAGACCGCUCAUUAUUUACAAGAAUGGGACAUCAAAGAAAGGAGGUCAGGCGCCGGCCCCCCCUGUACGCCUCUUCCAAGUCCGGAGAAACCUGGCAUCUAUCACCAGAAUCGUGGAGGUAGAUGUUGAUGCAAAUUCGUUGAAUUCUAAUGAUGUGUUUGUCCUCAAACUGCAACCAAACAAUGGCUACACCUGGAUAGGAAAAGGUGCAAGCCAGGAGGAGGAGAAAGGAGCAGUGUACAUAGCAAGUGUGCUCAGGUGCAAAGCCACAGAGAUUCGUGAAGGACAGGAACCAGAGGAGUUUUGGAAUUCCCUUGGAGGGAAAAAAGACUACCAGACCUCUCCACUGCUGGAAACCCAGGCUGACGACCACCUGCCUCGGCUCUAUGCCUGCUCCAACAAGACUGGAAGAUUCGCUAUUGAAGAGGUUCCAGGAGAGUUCACCCAGGAUGAUUUAGCAGAAGAUGAUGUCAUGUUGCUAGACGCUUGGGAACAGAUUUUCAUUUGGAUUGGCAAAGAUGCCAACGAAGUCGAGAAGACAGAAUCUCUGAAGUCUGCCAAAAUGUACCUUGAGACAGAUCCUUCUGGAAGAGACAAGAGGACACCAAUUAUCAUCAUAAAACAGGGCUAUGAGCCGCUCACGUUCACAGGCUGGUUCCUGGGCUGGGAUUCCAGCAGGUGGUAAACUGGUUUUUGUAGGAAAUAACAAACCAACAACCAUUUUGGAGUAGUGUCCCACUGCUGUUUUGAGGGGACAAAGGGGGGCUGUGUUUGACUUUAGAAAAUUAACCUCAGCCCUGUGGCGAUUAGUCAAUGCUUAGUAUUGGUUUGAAAUUCUUUUUAAACUGGAAUUUUCAUACGUUAGUAUUUUUAAAUGACCUAAACAUUUGUGAUGGACCAUUGUUAGCUCUGCCGAAAACAGAUUUAAAUAUUUUUUACAUGACCUCUUAAAGGUGAAAAGCUACUCACACGGUCGGGGAGCGUGUCAGGAAAUUUUAUAAUUCAGGAGCCAUUAGCCAAGCUAGUUCCUUAACGUGCCAGAGAAGAAAGCCGGAAUGCCUUGCAAGUUCUUCUCCUUUCCAUGCUGCGUUCAAAAGAGGAGUGUAUUUGCAGUAAGGUUUAUGUUAAGAUGGCUUUAAAAGUUUAUUGUUUUCCUUCUUUAGCCAAUGUGACUCUGAUACAUAUCAUUAAUUCCAAAGUGUCAUUUUUCUAAGAAAAGCUUUACCUUUCUUGCCUUUUUCAAAGCCUUUGAAAGCACAGCUCUUACAUGACAAAAUAAUUUGUAUUCUUAUCCAUAUAUAUAUAUAUACAUAUAUAUAUAUUUGACAGUACAUGUUUAAUAUCACUAAAGAUAUAUACAAAAAAACUU